AUGAAAGUUCUCGUUCUCAUCAUAACGCUUUUCUGUGUUCACGGUGAGCGUUCCGCUCACUCGCAUCCCAUUUUUUUCGACUUUAGAAGCACGCGGAAAAACCAACCACGAAGGCACGUUCUUUCUGGAGAAACUCAACGACGCGAGAGCGAUUCUCGCGUCGGGAGUGCUUCGGAAGAUUGACGAAGUGAAAAGUGUGCUGGGACUGAGCCAAUUGAACCUUCCGCCGAUGGGACCGGCGGCCGAUAUGUACAGAUUGGUAGACACUUUUAAUUUAAUCGUUAUGUCUCUCAUUGUGCUGGAUCAGAGAUGGAGUCGCGAGCUGGAAGUUGAGGCGGAAAAGCAAGUGGGCAGUUUGAAGGGCGUUCACGGGACGAUCAAGACGAACGGCUUCCGAGGCUUCUACUGGCUCCACGACGUCACCACGGCGGUUAUGAAGAUUCUGGAGAAGGCGGCGCCCAACUUGCCGUUUCAGCAGAUCGAGCAAGUGCUCAGUGGGUUUGCGACGGCGGUAAGUGAGCAUGUCACGGAACUCCAGCAUUCCAAUGCGCAAGCGAGUUGUCAAUGGGGCGCGCUUGCAUCCACCGUCGACUCGGAGUUUCUUUUUUCAAAUGAAAACCAGAAUUCUUGAGUUUUUCUCUUAAUAAACACUCAAAUUUUGUUUUUUGCGAACCGUAGGGCGAUUGUCUGAGUAAAAGCAUCGAUUUAAGCGCGAAACGGAGCAGAUUCGUUCAGAAUUGACCAAAUUGAGGGAUUUUGUCGAAAACUACUGAAAAAAAACGGAGUUUUAACGAUUAUUUGCUGAAUCGAGAUCGGACACUGGCAUUCGAACCGUCCAGUCAACAAGGAGUUUAUUGCGCAUCUUUUAAGCGCUCAACCGUCGAAAAAUAUACAGAAUUGAGAUAAUUGAGGCAAAUUUUCGAUUCCAAAACGAAAAAAAUUCUGUAAUUUUCACAUAAAACGUUUCGAAAUUGAUGACGGAGCAGUUAAAAUUUCAUUUUUUAUUCAUUUCUAAUCAUUAUCAUAAGUUUUGAUACUGAUUUGUUCUGAAAAGAUGGGGAUAAUACAAAAAAAAGGAAAAUUGAAAUGAGAAACUCUACAACGACGCUCCGGAAUUACGCGUUACGCGCCUUGUUUAGCGCACGUGAAUUGCGUCAAGGGAAUUUUUUAUUGGAAGGGGCUGGGGUUCCGUGCAUGUUAUCUGAUAAAUGUUCGAGAGUUUUCAGUUGGAGACCCUUCUUCUGAUCCUUUGGGUCGGGGUGUCCUACCCGAAGAAGUUUCCGAUUCCCGCCGACGCUGAGCUUGGCAUCUCCGAGGUAAGUACAGCAUUUUCAAAUGUACAUAAUCGCGUCAAAUCCAGGCGUUCUUCGCUCAUCGCUACGAGAUUGGCUGCACGUUCAGCACGUUUGCCGUCUGUAUGCUCAGAGAGUGGGCAAAAUGCCCAAGAUCCAUUAAAAGUAGAAAGUUGUAGAGGUGUCUCCGAAGGCCAACUGUUCAAACCGGGAGUGGCUUGUUCGCAGUGUCCGACACAUUGCGAGUUCUACGAGAAUAAAGAUGAAAGCGUCGAGGAGGGCGAUUUGUGUGCGGCGCCCACUGGAGCCAAGGGAGAGCUCUCGGCUAGCGGCUCUUGGACGAUGGGUCCGCUGCUUGUGGCAUUCAUUGCAACUAUUGUGUAUUUGCUGCAAUAA